AUGAAUUCAAAGAAGCACGAAUUACAAAGACUUGCCAAGAUGCUGGCUAAAAUCGGGGACAGUUUGGUGGAAAGACAUGCCAUUGCCGUGGGCAAGCUGAAAGCAGCGAAACCAAGGAAAAGAAGUGCCAGAAAGAGUAUUGCCGACGAAUUACGGGAAAUGAGCAAAAAGUUGGCCAGUCUCGGUGAUGGCCUUCAUGAGCAGAACGAGAAGACGAAAGGUGUGAAAGCAUUACUUCAACCCACGAAACAAAUGCUUAGAAAUAUUGUAGUCCGUGUCGUGAGAAAACUUUUGGUAAAACCUGAAACGGCAUAG